CGAAGGCAACAUCACCUCCCUGCACGCGCACGUAUGUAAACAGUUUUGUAACACACCAUGGCUGCUCCUUUGGUCAGGAUUUUAUCUAAGACUUGCCGACAGAUUUCCCGACCAUGGGGAGUGUGCCAGGCUGGAUGGAGGAGCCGGUCCACCAGCUCUGCUGCAGAUAUGGUGUCAGAGCAGAGUGGAGCCAUGGGCAUCUCCUUUCCCCCUCUGCAGACAUUUUCAGAGGAGGAGAGUAUGAUGAGGGAGGCAGUUAAGAAAUAUGCACAGGAACGAAUUGCUCCUUUUGUGUCGAAGAUGGAUGAGAAUUCAGCCAUGGAUGAAGAAGUCCUCAAAUCCCUCUUUGAACAGGGUCUCAUGGGUAUUGAGAUCGACCCAGAAUACGGCGGCACAGGCUCCACAUUCUUCUCCUCCAUCCUUGUCAUCGAGGAGUUGGCGAAGGUGGACCCGUCUGUAUCAGUGCUCUGUGAUAUUCAAAACACACUGAUCAACACACUGAUUUCCAACCUGGGAACGCCGGCGCAGAAGGAGCAGUACCUCACCAGACUGUCCACUGACAUGAUCGGGAGCUUCUGUCUCUCUGAAGCCGAGUCGGGGAGCGAUGCUUUCGCCCUAAAGACUCGCGCUGAUAAACACAAGGAUUAUUAUAUCAUCAACGGAUCGAAGAUGUGGAUCAGUAACGCAGAGCAUGCAGGUGUAUUUCUGGUCAUGGCCAAUGUCGACCCUUCUGCGGGAUACAGAGGCAUCACAUGCUUCAUCGUGGACGGAGACACAGAAGGACUGGAAAUCUGCAAAAAGGAAAACAAACUUGGCCUUCGAGCGUCCUCCACAUGUCCACUCAACUUUGACAAUGUUAAGGUGCCAGAGAAGAACAUUCUGGGACAGAUCGGCCAUGGGUAUAAGUAUGCCAUCGGGAUGUUGAAUGAGGGUAGGAUUGGCAUUGCUGCACAGAUGCUGGGGUUGGCACAGGGAUGCUUUGACCACGCUAUUCCUUACACCAGACAGAGGGUGCAGUUUGGGAAACGAAUCUUUGACUUCCAGGGCAUGCAGCACCAGAUAGCUCAUGUAGCAACACAGAUUGAAGCUGCUCGGCUGCUAACAUACAACGCUGCCCGUCUGAAGGAGGCGGGAAGACCUUUCAUCAAAGAGGCGUGCAUGGCUAAAUACUUUGCAGCAGAGGUUGCAACACUAACCACAUCUAAAUGCAUCGAGUGGAUGGGCGGGGUAGGCUUCACCAAAGACUACCCCAUAGAGAAAUACUACAGAGACUGUAAAAUAGGUACCAUUUAUGAAGGUACGACGAAUAUCCAGCUGAGCACCAUGGCUAAGUUCAUCGAUAAGGAGUAUGAUCACUGAACUGGACUCAUUCUGCACUGCGUGACCUGACACUCCAUGGAUGAUUGUAGUGAAGCGAUACUGUACUGCUGUAGAUCUUCUGGUAAAGGCUUAGUUUGGAGUUUUUGAUGCGCUUUAUGAGGUAUUUCUCCAUAGUCAGUGUCAUUCUUCAGUUUGGAGAAGCAGACCAGGUGACGCCCAAGCAAAUUACACUCUAUCUUCCAA